GACCAAUCAGCAGCCUCGCCGGACGGAAGCCGCUGGCUCGCAGUCACUCUUAGCCAAUCAGCGCACGGCUCUGUUGUUUGCCUUUCUUUUUGAAUUGAGCUCCAACAGCAGACUGACACCCUCUCUGGACUAUUGAGAAGUAGCUAGCUGUCAACAAACUAAAGUAGUUAUUUUGGAUUAUUUUCACGCAUAAAGAGCAUCAUGCACUGAUACUAGACGUGGGAUUUCACGGAAAGAUGUUACCGCCUUUAUGAAGAGUGUUUUGGACCGAAACGGACAUCUCGGGAACUCUUAAUUGUAUUGUUGACUUACUAGCUCGGUAGCUAGCUAAGUUAGCUACAGAGCUUAUUGAAUUUAACUGGUCCAGCGGCCAGUUGAGCUUCACUAGCUCCAUCUUUUUCCUUAAUAUUUUAUCUAAGUUACCAGGAUUCAAAACUACUGUUUGGACAGUUUGGUGCCUCCUUAGGUUCCUGCCAUGGCUGACAGCAGCAUAGUGACUUUAGGGACAGCUCGGAGUCUGUUGGUGGAUUCUUCGGUCUAUGAUUCAAGGAUUGCUGAAACCACCAAGGACCAUGUAUUUCUGGGCAUGACAUGUGAAGAUGGGGAAGAUAUGCUGCCAAAAGUGGAGACACGAGUUGUUCUGGUGGGAGAAGCAGGUAGAAAUGGAGCGCUGGUCAAAGCACUGCAGGCCAUCAGAGUGAUGGAGGUACCUGUGGUAAAGAUAAAAGAAGGCGAGGCUGGUACCGAGGAGAAAAUGAUGAUAAAAUCUAUAGUCAAUAUGGACAUCAACACUCCAUUCAUAAUGACAGACAACGUCCAGGAGUUUGCAGAUGGAGAGAACACUGAUUUUGAGACGGUAUUUGUCCUCAAAGAUUUUGAUUCUCCUGACUACAGCUACCUCUACAAACGUGAUAACCGCAUCGUUGGGCCUCCUGUGGUGCUGCACUGUGCUGCGAAGGAAGAGCCUCUACACUUUUCUUGUCGUCCUCUCUACUCCACCACCAUGCUCAACGUAUCGCUGUGUUUCACUGGCUUCAGGAACAAAGAGGAAAUGAAAAACUUGGUGAAUCUGGUUCAUCACAUGGGUGGGACCAUUCGGAAAGACUUCAGCACCAAGGUUACUCAUCUCAUCGCAUACUCCACUCAUGGAGAAAAAUACAGGUUGGCGGUGUGCAUGGGGACUCCCAUCCUUACUCCGUCAUGGAUUCAUAAGGCCUGGGAGAGAAGAGAUGAUGUGCAUUUCCAUGCAGGCGAAGAAGAGUUUCGAACGGAGUUCAAAGUGCCUCCGUUCCAGGACUGCAUCCUCAGUUUUUUGGGUUUCUCAGAAGAAGAGAAAACCAACAUGGAGGAGAGGACUCUUAAACAUGGUGGAGGUUACCUUGAGGUUGGAGAUGAAAGGUGUACACACAUGGUGGUGGAGGAAAACUCAGUGAAGGAGCUGCCAUUUACUCCCUCCAAAAAAGUCUUUGUGGUCAAACAGGAGUGGUUUUGGGGAAGCAUUCAGAUGGACGCUCGAGCGGGAGAGUCCAUGUACCUCUACGAGAAGAAUGACAGCCCAGCCAUGAAGAAAGCAGUGUCCCUCCUGUCCCUCACCACCCCCAACAGUAACCGUAAGCGUCGCCGUCUGAGGGACACGCUGGCUCAGCUCACCAAGGAGACGGAGAUCUCACCCUUCCCUCCACCACGCAAAAGGCCAUCAGCCGAACACUCCAUGUCCAUUGGUUCUCUACUUGACAUCUCCAACACCCCUGAGACAUGCAAGGCCUUGGCAGAGGACAGGAUAGGAGACAAUACUGUGACCAGAAAUAAAAUAAGACGAAAGAAAACCAGGGAAAGGAGGAGUAGGACAGACAGGGAAGAAAGGAGGAAAAGGUCCCACCCGAGGACCUACCAACCAGGGGAAGGGCAGCAGCAAGGAACUUCUGCAGAGAGUUCGAAGCCAUCCAAGAGUUCGACUCCAGUUCUUUCCAAGCAGUCAGCCAGGUGGCAGGUCUCCAAGGAGCUCUACCAGACUGAAAGCAACUAUGUCGACAUUUUAAGCACCAUCCUACAGCUUUUCAAGCUUCCGUUGGAAAAGGAGGGGCAGGUCGGAGGACCCAUCCUGGCCCAAGAGGAAAUUAAGACGAUAUUUGGCAGCAUUCCAGACAUCUACGAGGUCCACACCAGAAUAAAGAAUGACCUUGAGGAACUCCUGUCAGACUGGUCAGAAAGCAGAAGUGUAGGAAACAUCAUCCUCAAAUAUUCCAAAGAGCUGGUAAAGGCCUAUCCUCCUUUUGUCAACUUUUUUGAAAUGAGCAAGGAGACCAUUGUUCGGUGUGAGAAACAGAAGCCACGCUUCCAUGCAUUCCUGAAGAUCAACCAGGCCAAGCCAGAGUGCGGGAGGCAGACACUGGCUGAGCUGCUCAUCAGACCAGUGCAGAGGCUGCCUAGUGUGGCUCUACUUCUUAAUGACAUAAAGAAACAUACAUCAGAUGAUAACCCAGACAAGAUAACACUGGAGAAAGCAAUUGAGUCUCUGAAAGAAGUCAUGACUCAUAUUAAUGAGGACAAGAGGAAGACUGAAGGCCAGAAGCAAAUCUUUGAUGUUGUUUAUGAAGUCGAUGGCUGUCCUGCCAACUUGCUGUCUUCUCAUCGUAGCCUUGUUUACCGAGUAGAAACAAUUGCCCUGGGAGACCAGCCGUGUGACCGAGGAGAACAUGUGACCCUAUUCCUCUUCAAUGACUGCCUUGAGAUUGCAAGGAAGAGACACAAGGUGAUCAAUACAUUUAAGAGCCCGCUGGGACAAACAAGACCACCGCCCCCGCUGAAGCACAUAGCACUGAUGCCACUGUCGCAGAUUCGAAGAGUGCUGGACCUGCAGGACACUGAGGAGUGUGUGAAUGCCUUCGCCUUGGUGGUUCGCCCUCCGACUGAACAGGAGAACUUGUUGUUCAGCUUCCAGCUGACUGGAGAGGAAACGGUUAAAAGCGCCUGGCUGCGAACACUUUGCCGCCAUGUCGCCAACACCAUCUGCAGGGCUGAUGCGGAGGACCUUAUUCAAUGUACAGACCCAGACUCACUGCAGGUCAGCACUAAGGAUAUGGACAGCACCCUGAGUAAAGCCUCCAGAGCAAUCAAAAAGACAUCUAAAAAGGUGACAAGGGUGUUUUCUUUCACGAAGACACCAAAGCGUGCGAUCCAGAGAGCAUUCCUGGCUAACAGUACUCCAGAUGAGAAAAGCCAGAGGCUGAGUAUUGAAAACCGCGUCGGCAGCAGCUCUACGCUAGCUAUGUCUCGCUCUGCCUCUACAUUCAGUUUGAGUGAUUCUGCCAAGGGCAGUGCCAUGGUGCAGCGCUCUAACUCUCUGGACCACCCUCCUGUCAGGGCCAGGGUUCCUGUCAGUAUGCGUCCCCCCUACAGCCCAGUUCCAAACCCUGCCCCUGAGUACAAUCCAUCAUUGACCCAGUCACCACAACCUCAGUCAAGCCUCCUCAAUUCCCAACAGUCCACCUCUUUGACCCAUCCCAUGUCCACAUCCAUCCCAGCUGUGCGAAGCUCCACUCAGAUCAACUCUAAGAAUUCCCAGCCAAAACCUUGCCAGCAUAUGUCCAGACUUCUGUCCUCUGUAGGAUUCCAGCCAAAGUCUCCAGCUUCUCAGCCUGUUAAUGUCAAAGGCUGGGCCUUUUCUGAAUCAUGCAGUGAUCCCCACGUUCCCUCGGACCCUCGCAAGUCUGUCCUGACCAGUCCUCGCAGAGAGACUCUGCUCUAAACCAUGGCUGAGCUCAAUCCUGGAGUCUAAUGCACGCCAUUCGCCUUCCAUGGUCAAUCUACCUUCUAUGUUUGAGAGGAGGUACCACACAUUCAGUCAUUCGAGCAGCCACCUCAUCUGAAAUGCCACCACUUGCAAGCACCAGUAGGGGUCACUCCCUUGGUCUCCUUUGCCUCGACUGCCACCAACAGUAAGACUUGACCAGACAGGUCUUUGUGUAUGAAGUUAAAGCUGGCUGUAAAGUACCUCUGACUUGUAUCUGUCCGUACUGGAACUCUGCACAGACUUUCCAGAUGAAAUGGCAUUUAGCUGCGUUUGGAAAGGUGCACUGAAGGUUAGGGACAUGCUGACAUGUGGCAGUAUCAGACUUGUCCAGCUCCUGUUAAAAUGCUCCCAUCUUGGCGAAGUCAGAUUAAAACAGUGGACCAGCUGCUGAUCAUCCUGAAAUAUAUCGUGAUGUAUUCAGACAUAUUCAGAAAGAGAUAAAACCAUUCUUAAACUUACAGGUAGUUUCGUGUACCUUUCCAAACAUGCACAAUGCUGGAUUAAGACUGUCACUAGGGGCAAACUGGAACGGUACUUUACCAUGCAUUGGACUACAGGUGUGCGAUUACCACUCAUUCUAGUGAGGUUUGCCUUACCUUUAAAAAAUGAAGGAUGCUCUGCUUUUGUACGAAGUUGGUCAUAAAUUAUCUUGACAGCUGAUUUUUAUUUUUUUGUGCGUUACCAGUUACAUUUUGUGUUCAUCCAUUCCAUUUAAAUGUAAUCUUGUUCCCACACGUGCCUGGAUGCUCAUUCUAUUUCUCUGUGCUUUGGUAAAAUAAAUUAACCUUUUAAUUUGAGGCUGAGGUUUUUCUAUUUAACAAUUGAAGCUUGUUAAGCUUUUUGUGUGUUUUAUGUACUAGUUAAAGUUACAAGGUUGACCUCUCUUGCCCUUAUGGCUUUUUUAAUUAACCUACUUGGUGAGAAACCUUUAUAUUAACUGACAUUUGAUGUUGUUUUAUUGUAGCUGGGUAGAUUAAACACUUAAUUUCACCUGAUAUAAUUACAUGACUUCUUGUAAUUAACCAACUCUCUUAAUGUAAACUUAUGAUAGUUUCCAGCUUUUAUAAAGCUUAUAUUUUAACGUUAAAGAGAUUCCGUUAUCAAGAUUAAAAGCAUUCAUGCUCCUCUUCCCUGUCUGCCCAUCCACGUUUGAAAUUGUUUUUACUUUGCAUCUGUGUGUUUGUUUAAGAAGGGAUGCUGCAUCAGUGUACAUAUUUAUUCUUGAUGAAUACAUUAAUACCUGUUUUGUUUUUUUUCUCUUUUGAUAUUUAAAUGUGUUCUGCUUUUGUACGUCAAUUCUUUAUUGUUCUUUUCACUGAGCUUCAUUUGUCUGUAGUUCUUGUAUGUAUAUUAAAUGCACUUAAACAUG